AUGGGACUUUGUUUGCGAGCCAGACUGGGACCCCUCCCCGGCCAACGUAACGACACGCCCACUGCAGCAGCACAGCGGGUGGGGGUAGGGUCCAGGACUGAAGGGAAGAGACAUGGUCAGACGCCACAGAGUCAGGCGCAGGGACAGGAUAUGAGAUAUCAGCAGACGCGGCCCCCGGACUGCCACAAAGCACAAUCCCACUGCAAACGUCAGGGAGAUCCAACCUCCACUCUUCAUUUCACUCACCACGGACUGACCGCCGGUCCUUCCACCGAGCGGACACUCUUACCUCCUUCUUCAACGUGUAAAUGA